AUGAAAAGAACAAAAUCACACCCUGGCAAGAAUGCAACAAAGAAAACCAAAGCAAACGAUAGUACACUUUCAACACAAGACACUUCCUCCGAUUUAGAGCAAAUAAUUUUAUUCGAGGCCAAAAAGCCAAAUGAAAAACAAGCUAAGUUAAUUGCGAAACACUCUGAAAAUGCUUUAUGUAAUAGUAUUCCUCAACUUGAGAAAUAUUUAGACUUUUUGCAAAACAUUCACAACAAGGAUAUUGACAUUACAAACAAAGACUCUGUCUCUGCAACAUACAUUCUGAUGAAUCAAUUUCUCAAACAAGGAGAAAAGGAACGAAUAUGUGCUGCAGUCAAGGCUAUCAGUGUAAGCCUUUUGAAACAAAAAGGUUUAAUUGAAUCCACAUGCCCACCUGUGAGUUCAAAUCUCAAAGUUGGAGAUUUAGUUGAAAUUAUUGAAAAGGGAGAGAAUUGUUACUACAAGAUUGGUAAAGGAAGAGUUCAAUCACUCACUUCAACUAAUUGCAGUUUAAAUGACAUUAUAUUUCACGUUCCAUCCUUCGUUCAAGAUCAAAAGAAGACGAUUUUUGAUAUUUCAUGCCUUUCAUUAAUUGAAGAUCGAACCAAUCAUGCUCCUAUGAUUCAAAAUGCUUUUUCUACGGUUCAGCGAGGAUGUACUCCAGUCUCCUUAUUUUCCAUGAAUUAUGACACUGAAGUCGAUGAUGACAAAAUUGAUGACAAUGAAGUUCUCUCUAUAACUCCACCGGAAAUUUCGGAUUCAAGAACAAACUCAAAUUCAAAUGUUGAAGAGAGUGAUUCUCCUUUGCAAAAUGAGCCCAAGUCUACGGAACCUACUGAUUAUAAGAAUUUCGCUAGUGAUAUCUUUUUCCUUCAGCAAGUCAAAGACCUCAGAGAGAAAAACGAGGCCUUAUCAUUGGAAAACAAACAGCUAAAAGAAUUAAUCAUCAAAUUGAAUAAGCCAUUGAACGCAUUAAUUGCUCUUCAAUUACAAUACCCGAAUAUUCUUCCAAGCAAAACAAUUUCUGUCACAUAUGGUGCUAAUGUGAAACAAAUACCCCCAAAUUUGGUGUCCAGAAUUAUCAACAGCAACAAGACGGCUCGGCUUGGCAUUGUUAGCAAUUAUUUGUUUGAUAAGGAUUAUGUUCUUUUGAAAGAUGAUCAGAAAGAUAUUGUAAUUGAUUGCAUUUUAGAAUGUACUGAGGUGCCAUUGGAUAAGUGGAAAGCGGAACGAAUAUUAUUGAUGAAUUUAAGUCGAACUUUAAAACACAACGCAUCAAAGAAAGAGCAUGAAUCCAAAACCAAGAGCAAGCAGUCGUUGUAA